AUGAAAGUCGUCAUCGCGGGUUCAACAGGUUUCGUCGGCCAAGAAGUCGUUCGACAAGCUCUUUACCAUCCACUAAUCACCAAAGUCGUCACUCUCUCACGGCGCGACCACGAGCUUGCAGAAGACCUACAAAGACCAGAAUUCGAAGAGAAGUUUACGUCCGUCAGCUGCUCCGACUUUAAGAGUUACCCUCAAUACGUCAAGGAUGAGAUCUCUGGCGCAGACGCCUGCAUAUGGCUUAUUGGAGUAACGCCGGCUAAAUUGAAGCAGUAUACCUGGGAGCAAGUUCGAAUGAUCUGCUACGAAUAUGCCCUCUAUGCAGCCGACACAUUUGCCAAACUCCCACGCGAGGGUAAACCAGAGCCUUUGAGAUUCAUCUACGUGAGCGGUUCCAACGCCGAGCGAGAUCCUGCAAAGAAGCCUUGGAUCCUUGGAGACUAUUGUCUACUAAGAGGCCAGGUAGAGAAGCAAAUCCUCGAGCGUGCACACCUAUCCGAUGGAAGAAUGCAGGUACUCGUCACCAAAUCUGGGAUGAUUACAGACCCCGACAUGGGAUUUGUAAAACAGGCUUUCCGCUUCUUCUCACAUGCUAUCGUCAGUGUCCCAAGUAUUGGACGGGCCGAGAUGACAGCUGCGCUAUUGAAUCAAGCUGUCAAUGGUCUCAACAAGGAAACAUUAUUGAACGCGGAAAUAGCAGAGAUUGGAAAGAAGGAGUUGGUUCGGAUGGAGAAGAACCUUAAUUGA